AUAACACAAGUUCGGCCGAAUAACUUAUUAAAAAUUGAAGGCCAUACCGCGGAAAGACUUGAAAUAGUUGUUUACUUGAUUGUCGACAUUGCUUCCAAAAAUGAUGACUACAGAUCAAUCUGUUGAAGGUUUUCCAAUUCUCGGUAAUGAAAAAAGUUAUUCAUAUGAAGAUAUUCAGCUUAUAGCUAGUAAAGUUUUAAAACAGACGAAGCAUAAACCCAGUAUAGGUAUUAUCUGUGGAUCAGGCCUUGGUGGUCUAGCAGAUAUUGUACAGGAUGCGGAGACGGUUCCCUAUUCAUCUAUACCAGAAUUCCCUGUGGCAACCGUUAAAGGACAUGAAGGCAAGCUAGUGUUUGGUUAUUUAGAAGGCAAACCUGUUGUUUUAAUGCGAGGAAGAUUUCAUUAUUAUGAGGGAUAUCCUAUGUGGAAAGUAGCUAUGCCAGUACGUGUAAUGAAAGCUAUGGGUAUAUCAACUCUGAUAGUAACUAACGCAGCUGGGGGAUUAAAUGAGAAGUUUAAAACUGGUGAUUUAAUGAUAUUACGCGAUCAUAUCGAUUUACCUGGAUUAACAGGAGAAUGUGUUCUCAUUGGUAAAAAUGAUGACAGAUUUGGACCAAGAUUUCCAGCUAUGGUUGGAACUUACGAUCCUGAAUUAAUAGAACUUGCUAAGGAAACAGCUGUUAAUCUUGGUUAUAGUUCUAUUUUACGUGAAGGAACCUACAUCAUGAUUGGUGGGCCGUCUUUUGAGACGGUGGCAGAAUCUCGUUUAUUAAGAAACUGGGGAGCAGAUGCUGUUGGAAUGAGUACAGUACCAGAAUCUGUAGUAGCUAAACAUUGUGGAAUACGAGUAUUUGGUAUUUCUUUAAUUACAGAUAUGUGUUCUCUAUCUUAUGAUGAGGUUAAUGCAACCACACAUGAGGAAGUUCUAGCAAUUGGGGAAAAGAGAGCUGGAGAUCUACAAAAAUUAAUCUGCUCUAUGAUUGGAAACAUGAAUCUAAAUAACAACUAGAGCAAAUUUUAUUAGUCAUAUGUGGACACGUAUAUUUUCAUCUGUUCAACUUUUCUUGUGUAUGCUCUACACACAAUUGUUCUUUUGGUCAUAUUUUCUGAACAGAUGUUAUGGAGUUAUCCUAUGUCCCCCCCCCCCCCCCCCCUUCCCAACAUUUAGAUUCAAAUUUAUGAGAUCCUGUCUUACUGGUCAGGGUUCUUAAUAAACCUUUUAUUAAAAACCAAGUGGAAUUGUUCAUUAAUAUCAAAAGUGUUCUUUUCAAAUCUUGAAUUUCAAAUGCGAUACAUAGUACAAAGUUCUUAAUGGAUUUAUUCAUUUGGGGCUAAGGAGGAACUGUAUUGAAAUUACUUAUAGAGUUAUUGCCCUUGAUUUUAUCGUAGAAUUUUGUCAGUCCACCACCAUUGAUAUUAAAGACUUUGCUUUUUAAUUAUUAACUUUAAGAUUUGUAAUACAACAUUUAUCAACUGUUUUGGCAUAUAUUUUGUUGCUCGGCAAACUAUAUUCUAACAUAUAAUAUCACUUACCAGUAUUGAAGACAUGUUGAUUCAGUCAUUUUUUUAUAUGAUAUACACUAAAUCAGGGAUUUCAUAAAACCAAUUACCAGUAUAUCAUUGUAGCUAUCGUAUAUUGAAUCAGGGAUUUAUUAAAACCAAUUACCUGUAUAACAUUGUAGCUAUUAUACUGAAUCAGGAAUUUAUAUUUCAAUCCUCUCCCCCCAGAGUCCAAUUCCUAUUAUUUGUUAUUUAUUGUCAGUAAGAUAAGCAUCUUCUGGGUGAAAGCUCUGCCAAAUUCUUGUGUUAUUACAUAUAUACAAUCAAAUGAUGACAUUAUGCAAUUGAUGGGUUUUUUUUUAUACAAUUUUUCUUUGCUCAGAGCUGUUCUUCACUGUUGUUUAUUUAUUAUGCUCAACCUUUUUACUGCUGUUAUAUUUUGUCUAUUUUAAAUGCAUGAAGUUCAUAGUUUCAUACUAUUUCAUUUAUUAAAUCGAAAUGAAUAUUGCUAAAACAGCAAGAAAUAUAAUGCUAGAAUAUUUUUCUGCUGCAUGCCAUCUCAAGUUGAAUGAUAUAAGAUAUCUUACAUUUGAGUUCGUAUAGGCCAGUAGUAACAAUUUAAUACGCAAUUGUUUUAUCUUUUUGUAUUUUUUUUAUAUUUCUUGUACAUUUCUUGUUUAGCUAUUGUUGUUCAGUACAUAUAUGGGCCAAACAUGUUGUUAUUUAUUCUAAUAUUAAAAUUGCAUUUAUUGUAAGACAAAUAAAAAAUCUGUGUCACUUCAACAGGCAUUAUGUACAAGCUAAAACUGCCUGUUGCAGGUCUUUCUUUGGGCCGUAAAUGUUAUAUAAAUUAUUAAUUAGACGUUUAUUAACAUGACAAGAGCAUAAGUAUAUUAGAACGGCUUGGCCAUUUAAUGAUUUAAUUUAAAAAUGGAGAAGCAAGGCUAAAUCUCAAAUGACCAGUAUGGUGGUUACGAUCAAUGCACACAUGUUGUCAAAACUACAACCAAUAAUAACUUUGCUCAAAAUAAAGUAUUUGAAUGAAAUUUUCAAUAUAUUCAUUUUGCAUUAUCUAUUUUUGAAAUAUUAUAGCAAGAACGGUCAGCUUUUUAUCUAAAUCUUACAUAAAGCUCCUUUAAAAAAGGCCACAUAACCUGUUUUUAUUUCAAAAAUUAAAUAUAAAAACUGUUUCAUUAAUUACUGCAUGUACAUCUUUUACAAGAAAUAACUCCAGAAAUGUGUUUUAGUCUCAUUUGAAAAAUGUUACUGACCAUCAUAAAUAAUACUGGAUAAUUAUACAACCCUUUAAAAUGAAAUGGGGUUAACGUCCUACUGUUCUGUUCCAACUGACAAUCCUAUAAACAACAUGAUGAAAUAAAUGUAGUGCCUUGAACUAUGCCUUUGCCAAAAUAAAAACUUUUUGAUAAGGACUGUCUGAAAACCAGAGUAUUUUUUUUUUAUUUAUGCAGGUAUCGUAGAAUAUAAAAAUAUUUAUAUUUUCAUAAAAGGAGACGAAAAUUUUUUUCAAAAUAUAAAAUUAACCAUAAAUCAAUACUCCCAGUAGUAAAUUUCUAUCCUAAUAAUCCAAUAAUCCAGAUGCGAAUAAGAAAGUCAUCCAGCUAUUUUAUGUACAUAAUUCAUAGGAGACUAAAACAGAUCAAAUGCCAUUUGUUUUAAUUGGCAUUGAAUAAUAAAAAAUCAGGUUGAAUAGCCUUGUAAAACUAUUAAUAUUGAAAUAGUUGUGUCAACACUAACACUAUUACAUGUCUGAUGCAAGAUCACACCAGAUGAAUUAAUUCAUCCAUGUGUGAACAUGCAUUGAUGACUGAACAUAAGAGCUUAUCAUAUUUCAAUAAUUUACUAUUAGUUAUGCCCCAUCAUCUGUUAUGCUCAUACUCUCCCUUUAAUAAAGGAUGGUCAAUGAAUGAUUUUCAAAUAUAUGAAAAUUUGUUAAAUAUACUGUACUGAAACUUAUAUUAUGAUAUUUUUAGCCACUGUUUCGAACUAUAAUGUUCUUUAUUAAUAAAAUAAAUGUAUUUAUUUAAUAUAAUUGUUUCGCCAUAUCUCAUUGUUUAGAUGAAAUUUUCUUUGUUAAUAUUGAAAUUAUUUAUGUCAUAAAUCUUAUGUGAUAUCUUUAUUUACAUGUAUUUUAAUAUUAGAAA